CAUGCGCUGCGCUCUGUGGACACAAAGCUGUUCUGCCAUGUUUUAAGUAUUCCUAAUUUCUGUCGUCCCCAUGUCCAGGACUACUGCUGGGAAGACCAUGGCUACUCUCUGGUGAAUCGCCUUUAUCCCGACGUGGGGCAGUUAAUUGAUGAGAAAUUUCACAUCGCUUACAAUCUUACUUACAAUACAAUGGCAAUGCACAAAGAUGUUGAUACCUCAAUGCUCAGACGGGCUAUCUGGAACUAUAUUCACUGCAUGUUUGGAAUACGAUACGAUGACUAUGACUAUGGAGAGAUUAACCAGCUAUUGGAUCGUAGCUUUAAAGUCUAUAUCAAGACUGUUGUCUGCACUCCUGAAAAGGUUACCAAAAGGAUGUAUGAUAGCUUCUGGAGGCAGUUCAAGCACUCUGAGAAGGUUCAUGUUAAUCUGCUUCUUAUAGAAGCGAGGAUGCAAGCAGAACUCCUGUAUGCUCUGAGAGCCAUUACCCGCUAUAUGACCUGAUGCCUCUCCUCCUUAAAGAUGAUUCUGGAAUGAAGAGCAAGUGUACUCUCCAAGGGGACAGCUUCAAGCCCCAGGACCAAUGGUAGAUAAAAAGAAUUCAGAAAUCCGUUGUGCCAUGAUUCCUUUAGUGUCUGCUAUUUUACUGUGGGAUGCCACUGCUUAUGGGCAGUGGGUGCCAGCGGCGUCAGUGUUAGAGCUGUGAGGGAAGGCUGCUGGUCACGGCGCUCGCUUUCUCACAGUGCAGGGUGCUGGACGCUUGUUUCAGCACAGCGACUAGUCAUUCUCCAAAUGCUGCCGCUCUCGCGUACUAGGAGAACAGAAUUGGAGUGUGUAAAGACUGGGCCUUGGGUACUAAGUUUAUACAUAAGGAAUCGCGAAGCUCUCGGUGCUGCUGUGGCUGGGGACAAAUGCGUGGCUGCUCCAGCUAAGCUACUAGUGAUUAAGGUGAGCACUGCUACUCCCUGAGCCUACGUGCAUACCUUGUGUGGUUUUCAACUAAACUUGUACACGUUCUUUUUCUCUCGCAUCUAAAAAGCAUAGAAUUAUUAUUACUCACGGCUCAGCAGAGACCGUGUUGAUGGCAACAGUCUGUUUCCUUCAGUAUAGUUUUUAAAAUUCAGUUAGUGGGCAAUAUUACAGUGGCAUUCUUAAAAGAUUUCCUCCAAAAAGCAAUCUUCUGAUGAAAGUGAGAAAGGAGAAUGGGCUAUCUUUUGUUAUGCUGUUUCCCACGAUCAUCUGACACUGGAGGGCAGCUGUCUUGUGCAGGGAAUGUGGAAACUAUUGCUGCACAUAUCUGCACAGUCCCAGGAGCAUCCUGCCCCGCGUGCUCCAGUUGACCUCGUGACCCUGACUUUGAAGGUUGUGCAGCUCCUUACAGAAUAAAGCUGGAAAAUAUUUUAGUGAGGCUAUCAAAUUUGUAUCUUGAUUUACAAAAUGCUAACUUUGAGAUACAAACAUUGAAAAAAAUGUAUUAAGUACUUUGUAUUCUGGAACCGUGAAUUGCUUUUGAAGUCUGUCAGUAUUAUUGAUAUUUUUUAAUAAAGAAUAAUUUUCCG